AUGCAGUUCAUAGUGAACAGGGGGCAGCACUCUUAGAAAUAUGGCUUCGUUUAUGUAUGGUGUUUCAAAGUUUCUAAAUAUAUUUCCACAAAACUCUAAAUUUUUAGGACAUGAUUUUCAGCAAAUACGCAACUAUAUUGGUUGUAGAAUGAGACGCGAUGCUAAACGUAGAGAAUUAGCAGGACAAUAUGCACCUGAAAGAUUAAGAUUAGUUGCAAUUAAGAGGAAUAAUAUUUUACCCGUUGAAGUUAGAGAUCUUGCUGAGCGACAGAUACAAGAAACGAUUCCUAGACAAUCUGCUUUAAGACAAUUGAGUCUUCGUUGUGUAGUAACUUCACGACCCCGAGGAGUUGUACACAGAUGGAGAUUAUCAAGAAUAGUAUUCCGUGAUUUAGCAGAUUAUAAUAAGUUAGCUGGUGUACAACGAGCUAUGUGGUAGUAAACGAAAUAUAGUUUAAUGAUACAGAAUA